AUGGAAAUUCUGGUCAUCAAGAAGGUGAAUGGCUUCCAGGGGGCGCAGGUCAUGCUGUAUGAGAUGCGGCGGAAGCCGAAGAAGCUGAUCAUGACGGUGGACCGCCAUUGCGGUGGCAACACCACCUUCGAAGAUGUGCCUGAGGCAAAGAUCUUCGAGCUUGAUCGCCUAGACGCCGAUGCCUCCCGUGAUGUAGAGGAGUUUGAUUGGCACGUGCUCUACAGCCAAGCUGAGGGCACUCUUUGUGCUCGGAUGGUGGAGCGGGAUGGCGAUGAGCUUCAGCAGGCGUUGGACAUCUUCUCCGAGAUGCUCUCGGAUAACGCCAUUGUGAUGGUGAAUGAGGGCUUGGUGCAGGAAGCAGAUCGUCGGAUUCUCUUGGACUGUCGGAUAGACUCUGUCCUGCUG